UGGAAUUUCUGAGUGAUAACAAACUUCAAAUUCUAUCGACGUCCGAAGAAAAAUGUAUAAAAUUGUGUAAUUUAUUACAAAAGUUCUCCUUUUUACGAAUUGGUUUUCAUAUCCUUACAAUAAUGAGUAAAGAAGACAUCUUACAUGAAACCAGAAAAAUCCAGCAAUGGAAAUUGGACCGAGAAAGUUUGGAACCUAAAGAUUCAGAACUUCACACCAGAAUUCUUCAUAAAUUAAAUCCUAAAAACUUAUUUCCUUUGAAAGAUCAAGAUAUUUGCGAGUUCAAAAAUUCCAGCUUGCCUUGGCAAUUCGCAGUAUCAGACUCGGAACGAACUUUAUUAGCUAUUUUACAGGAUAAAUAUCUUGAAAUCCGGCAUAAACGCGACGACUAUGAAACACCUGUCGCUAGAACUACAGUUCCUAUGGACCAGCAACCAAAUUGGAGGAAGUUGAGUUGGAGCUACGAUGGUAUUUUAUUAGCUUUCUCAUCGAGUAAUGGUGACAUCAAGUGUUACGAUGCUCUGCUCAAUCUCAUUUGUUCCAUACCGAAGGUCGAAGAUAAUGAUUCGAACUCAUCAAUACCUCGAGGAGCUCUAGUAUCGUUACUUCUUGUUGAGAAAAGGACCAGGAGCACGGAAUGGCCAUAUGAAUUACUAGCUGUCGAGUAUAAUGGUAAUUUGAAAAGCUAUUUUAUAUCGCCGUCUCAAGGAUACAAACCUUAUCAUACGUUUUGCUUCUGUGAUACGAUUUUAAGCUCUGCGACGUAUGUCUCGUUAUUCAAUAUUUUAAUUGUCGCAUUUCCUGUUACAAGUCUACUUCAAAAGUCCGAAGAUGAUACUCUUGGUCUUAGUUCAUGGCGAUUGUUGAAUGAUUACCCUUAUUAUAGAUUAGUCAAACCGAGCCUCGAGAAUUUACACGUUAACAAAGCGAACACCGGAUGGAUCUCUUACUUCAUGUCGAAUAAAAAAAGGUCUGUGAUAGUUGCCAUGUCAGCAUCGAAAAGUGGCCAGCUACUUGCUUGUAUCCAUUCCUGCGGUAGCGUGUCUGUCUGGCUUAUUCCUCAGAUGACAUUGCACAAACUAUGGGAUGUUCAAGAUCUACCUCGUUACAGUACAAAAGAAGAUGGUUCUGUCAAUUCGAACGAAUACCUCCCUUUGGAUAUAAAUUGGUGCUCCGAAAAGAAACUAGCAUUAAUAACUCGUAAUGGAGCACUAACUGUAUCUACGACGGAUAGUUUGGAUAACUUAUUAGGUCAAAUAAACGCCAAAUGUCAUUCAGUCGAUCGUCAACCGGAAUUAGUCAAUACUCCGGCGAAAUUGGCUAAUGCCUGUGAUAUUCAUUAUGGAUUUCUCGUAUUAGAUUGCAAAAUAAAGCUAUGUUCUGCGAGACGAGAUUCGGAAUUCGCUCAAAACCAAGAAGAUGACGAAUCUAUGACAAAAGCCCUAGAAGUAGCAGAUAAUCAUUCUUUGAUGAGACAAAUUUUGAAGUUCUUCGUGUAUUUCGAAUUCUUUCAUCAACAGAAGCAAAUGGUUUACGUUGAAAAAACCUACAGUCUUACAUUCCUUAAACAAAUCACACCAGAAGAUUUAUACUCAAAAAAGAUAAAUUCUGGCGAGUACGUAGAAGCUUUGGAAUUUGCUAAAUUAUUCGAUUUAGAUGAAAAUCGAGUUUAUAAGAAACAAUGGGAGAGUAAUCCAGCAACGACUGAAGCGAUUAAAAAUUAUUUGACUAAAGUAUCCAAUAAAUGGUGGAUUCUGAAUGAAUGUUGUCGAAGAAUACCCGAAGAUUUAUCAGCGGCCAAGGUUUUACUCAAAUACGGUCUUCAGUUGACCGAUUUUGAUGUAUUUGUUGAUUAUCACGAUGUUGCUGAACCAGAUGAAUCUGACGCUAUUCCGAAUUUUAACGAAAUGAAAAACUAUAAUAUUAAUCCAGAACACGAUGAUAAUUUCAGUCCUAGUCAACUUCUAUUGUUCCAAAUAAGAAAAUACCUGUUGUUUUGUUGGGAUAUGUUGAUCGUUUAUGAAAAAAUCUUGGAGUUGAAUCCGAUAAGUUCAUACUCGGAAGACAUGUUCAAAAAAUUCCGUUCCAAUUCGCCGUUGAAUUUGGCUCUUUUCUAUGCUCACGAUUGCAAUGUGAAAGCUGUUGAAGUCUUAUUAACGUAUUAUGGCGAAGAGCUGUUACCUUUUUGGUUAAAAAUUAUCGAUGAUAUACCCGAAUGUAUGUCUCCAAGUUCCUUUAGACGUUUACUUCCAAAGAUGAACGAAUACCAAAUAUUAGAACCUUGGAAAUGUAAACGUAUUCGCGAAGCUGAUUGGUCUGAAUCUGGGAAUUUCAAAAAUUUAAUCCGGUCCGGUUCUGUGAAGCAGACUGAUCCCGAACAUCCUUUUCCAUUCACGUACGAAGUUUUAUCUGCCUGGUACGAGAGCAAAAUUCGAAAAGUUGUUGAUCAAAGUGGUCUCGUAGAUAAUGCGUUAGAAUUAUUAAAUUUAGCUCGUCUAAAUGGUAUUAAGAGUUUGGACUACCUGCAGCAUAAUCUACUGGUAAUGGAUACGGUUAUGUACGAAUUAGUAAUCGAAGAGGAAGUAACGUUGAAUCAGAUUGAAAUUUAUCAGGAAAUUGACAAGCUCAUGUUGCUAAUGUCUAAAUCAAAUUUCGAAGAAACAUUCUUAGAAGAUGUGUCGACAAUUUUAUUACCAUUUUUGAACCGUUGCGAAUCGCUGUUUCCGAAUUCUCGAGAUACUAUAAUCGACGAUUACUUUAAACGUCUCAGCGAACAUGAUCUUAGUUUACCACUCAUUUUUUUCAAUUAUGUCGCCGAAAACGACGAAGUCGAUGUGAUGUUCAGCGAUAAACGGAAACUGGAGUUGGCUCUGCUGAGUGUUUACUCGUGUAAGAGAGUCGAUCAAAUCAGUCUGGCGGAUAGGAUAGUUCGAAGUUUGCCUCACGUUGGCGUUACUGAUAAUAAUAAUAUCGAUUUCGAAGAAUUAUUCGUCAUAAAUUCCAGAGUAAAUGAAUUGCAAUACGAAUUAGAAAUCUUACAAAAAUUCAAUAACUAUGGGAUUGAAAAAGAUGUAUCAACUUUACAUCAGAAUAAGACGAAUGAGGAGUUCCAAAAGAAAACCUUGGCUGAUAUGGUGAUAGCUAAGUUGAAUAGGACCAGUAGCAAAGGAAUCGUGAAAAAAGAUAUGUACGAUUUAUUAGAAGAUAUGGAAUAUGUACAACAAUUCUACGUAUCUUUACAAGAUCGAACAUAUCUCAGGAUAUUUGCGUACACAAUGUUAACUUCUAGUCGACACGAUUGCAUCGAAGAUUAUGCUCCUUUAGUACUGACUUGUUCAUUAUCCCAGAAAUACAAACAGCUUGGUGAUAGAAUCGCAUUCGAAGAAAGUGUCGCUAUUGUAAUCGAAGCAGCCCAAUAUUAUUUCAACAUCGCUUCGUCUUAUGAUGAUCUUUGUAUUGGCUUUGCCAAAUCCUGCUUAUCUUUGAUUGAUUUCCAUACCGAUAUUGAAAGAGAGAAAAAAUUAAUUAAUGCUUUAAAAGAAUUGAAUGCGUUCGGAGUUUUUAUACCUCCGUUGAAAAUUCGAAUGAGCGUGGAUAAAAUACGCAUCAUCGAGAAAGUCUUGAAACAGAAACCAACCUCUUACAAAAAGAUUGAUAAACUCAUCUCUUUGGCUAAUAAUCUGGAUCUUGAUCGCAAUCAUGGAAAAUCUCUGGAAUACGAAGUGCUGAAUUGUGCGAUUGAUGUGGCUUUUCAACUGAAGGAUUUCAUCUGGUGCUCAAAAAUUGUCAGUCGUUUGAUUGAAAGUAAUCAUCCUUGCUGGGAGGUUUGCAAAAGAUUAUGCGAAAGUGAAGAUUACGAAGACUUGGAAACCAAGCAGAAUUUAAUUAAAUUUGCUAUUAUGCAAUGUAGCGAUAAAGAAUUAAGCAUUUUGGUCGAGUUGAGAAAUGAAAUCGAACGUAAAAUAUUACGUGAAAAGUUACAAAGCAGUGUUCAACAAUCGCAAGCAGAUGAUACUACAGGUGAUAUGGACCAGGAAAACACUAAAUCACUGUCAAAAAGUGGUAUUGCUGAGAAUACCCUUCACAGCAUUGAUAGCUUACAUAACCUCAUGUCCAUUUCGUCACUAACUAAUAUGUUACAAACUUCUUCGUCUAACGUAUUGAAUGUCGAUUUUUGGAAAAAUACGUUCAGUUUUAAGCCGGAUUCAGAACGUGAUGAAAUCUGCCCCAAACAGAAUAAUGAUUUUAAUAAAUUAGCUUUUCCGGAUUUCUAUAAAAAUUUGCACGAACAUACCGGAUGCACUUGUACUCCUGGGCAUACAUCGAUCGAUAAUGAAAAACAAGUUCUACAGUUAUUAUUACGAUAUCAUUUAUUAUCAAAUAAUAAGCAUCUAGAUGAUGAUAUGUCAAAGAUCGAUUUCAACGAUGUGAUAGCUCAAUUAGCAGUGACUUUGUAUCCGAACGAUUGUAUGAGUAGUUUAUGCCUAUUGUUAUUGCUGAAUGAUGAAACGUACAGCGAAAAAGUUCUCAACUCGUUUCCACCUACAGAUUCGGUUGAAAAAUUCGCCUUGUAUUAUUAUUGUUUAAAAGUAGCCUCUUCUUGUGAUCAACUUGAAAAUUCGCAUCUUACAAAAUCACCCUCGCAGCUCAUUUCCAAAGUUUUAUCUCUUAGUAAAGAACCAAGUUCAAAUUACUUCAAAUUGGUGAAAAAAUAUCAAGGGGAUGUGGAUAAACGACGUGGUAUUUGUAAACUUCGCGAUUUAGGAUGUGGAAUUGAUUCGGUUCGAUUUUUCAACGACGACAAGUAUCGAGUCGAUUCUAUUCUAGGAGUCGCGAUGUACGAAGAAAAGGAUAAAUUAGAUUUAGCUCUUUCCUUGGGUGAUGAAUACGGUGUAGGAAGUGAAGACGUUGUGUUGAGUCAUAUAACAUCGUUGUUUUUAUUCUCUCGUAAUAUUUCUUUGCUAACUGAACGACUGAAAGAAACCAGGAUACUGGAAAUAUUGAAAAAGAAAUCGUCUUACGUUACCAAAAGAAUCGUAGCGGAUAUUUAUGAAGGAUUACACGGCUGCGAUUACCAAAUUCUUCUAUUGUAUUACGCUUUGCUGAAUCAAAUCGCUGAGAACGAAAUCAUUCAUCAUCUUAAACCCAAAGAUCACAUGAAGUUGUUACGAAAAUUUAAAAAUGCCAAAACUGUCGAUUACAAACUACUGACGAGUGAACCACCUAAAAUAAUCGAAGCUGUGGCGCCUUCUGUGUUAAAUAACGAAACAUCUCAAGUGACUAAUUUACUAUUUUCUUUACCUGAUGAGAUAAAGAAACAAGUCAACUUCGAAGAUGUUCUCGAGAAAAUUUCGGAGAAGAUUUUCUUUAAUGGACCAGCAACAUUAACGUAUAUUCAGCGAUUUAAAUUGUGCUACCCGUAUCUGGAGAAAAUCUCCGAAGAUCGUGCGAGUUCUCUGAUGAGGGCAUUUUUCUUCUCCAAAUACAGUACCGAAAAUAUCGAAGCUGAAGAGAAAAAAGAAUUACUUGAUACAGCUGUUCAAUAUUUCUCCACAAAAUUAGAAUCGCACAGUUCGGUGGUCGAGUACUUGAAGAAUUAUUCCAAACAGUACGAAAAAAUCGACGAACUUAAUGAAAUAUGCACAGCAGUCGAUAUCAGCGAAUCGUAUUUGAAAGAAUUGCAAGCUGUUUUUAUUCGAAAUCAAGAAGACGAACUUAAACGUAUUAUUUUAAAAAUGGUACUGGAUUCGUCUGUGUCCGCCGAUGUAAUUAAAGUAAUUUUGGAAUUCGUUCGAAUGGAUUCGUUGACUGAUAUUAUAACGGAGAUGUUGAAUAGCGAGUUAAAUAAGAAUACGGUCGAACCUUUGGUUUAUCGAAUUGAAAAUUGUCUAGAAGAUAACGAGUAUGAAAAAUGCUGGUGUGCGCCGCUCAAAUGGUUCCUAAAUGAUAAAGAGAUCUCAGAGUCUACUAGAAAUAAAAUAAAAAAUAUUUUAUCUAUUCUAGACCAAUCCGAAGAUGAUAUUUAUAAAACUAUAGAGCUUUUACACGAAACCAGACUUAUACUGAGAGAAUGGAGCGCUGUUCAUUCGUCUGUUACGCUUUUUGACCUCUCAACCGAAGCCAAUAGGUUAAAGUUAUUCAAGGAAUUAUUCAAACAAGCCAGCUCUUUCGUACAAAUCAAGAAUUUACUCAAAUUGCUGCUUUUCUGGCCUCCUUUCGGUGAAACUAACGAUCUAAAAAACGAUCCUUGGAUAAUUUUAUUAGAAAAGUUAUUACAGCAUGGUACUCUGCAUGAUAACGAAGAGAUGAAAAUGAUUGAGAAAAUUAUCACCAAACGAAAUCCUUCAACCGAAGUGAGAAGAUUAUUUUUCGAUCACAUAACAUGUCUGCCUCAUAACGACGUACUACUUGUGUGGUUCUGUUUCUUGACCAAAGAUGAGCUUUUAAUACAGUCAGUAAAUUGUUACAUAGAAGAGCUUAGAGAGACUGGCAGGAUGCCGAAAGUAUUUGAACCUUAUCUGAAACAAUAUAAAUUCUAGCGUCGAGGUCAAUAUUGAUCUGAGCUUUCCUAUCGUACACUAAAUUAUUAAUAUAGGUGGUAUGUGUCGAAAAUUACCAUUUUUUCAAAUUCCUGAUCAGAGUAUUGAUAUUGAAAAUGUGAAAUUUUUUGUUAUUUUUUUUUUAAAGUGAUUUCAAGUUUUUGUUUUUAUUUUUAUUUGUAUUAUUGUACUUUUUUUUAUUAUGGAAUCGUUAGCUUUUUUUAUUUCCUAUCGUAAUUUUUAAAAUAUAAUUGUUAUGAAUACGUUGUGAACGGAAAUAUAAUAUUAUCAAACUUU